GCAUGCGCCUUGCGCUGUCCUCGAACUUGCCCUCUGCCUGCGCGAGCGGCUUGAUGCUGGCGGUUGCGUGAAAUUGGAUUCGUGCUCCUCUCUGCCCCCAUGCAGUAAUAUAGUGGCAAUGGCGGGAGUCCUGAAGAAGACUACUGGGCUUGUGGGGUUAGCUGUGUGUGACAAUCCUCAUGAGCACCUCAAGAUACUCUACACAAAAAUUCUUGGUGUUUUAGAGAGUAUGCCUAAAGAUGCAGCAUACAGGAAAUACACAGAGAAACUUACAAAUGAACGGUUUGAUAUGGUGAAAACAGAACCUGAUGUACAAAGACUGGAAAAGAAACUGAACUCUGGACAGAUAGAAGAAGUGAUUGUGCAGGCUGAAAGUGAACUCUCCUUAGCCAGGAAAAUGUUGAAAUACCGUCCUUGGGAACCUUUAGUUGAAGAACCUCCAGAAAACCAGUGGAAAUGGCCAGUGUAAUUAGCAUUGUUUUAACCUUUGGCGUAAACAGAAUUAUUUCAUUAAAUGUACGUUGGACAUGAA